GGGCCGGAAGUGGCGGCGGGCCGGAAGUGGCGGGCGGUAUAAAAGCAGCGCGCAGGCGGCCGCGGCCUCUUUCGGGCGCGCGGCGAGGUCCCGGAGCCGCCAUGGGCCGGCGGCCGGCGCGAUGCUACCGCUACUGCAAGAACAAACCCUACCCCAAGUCCCGCUUCUGCCGCGGGGUCCCCGACCCAAAAAUCCGAAUUUUCGACCUGGGCCGGAAAAAAGCCAAAGUGGACGAGUUCCCCCUGUGCGGGCACAUGGUGUCGGACGAGUACGAGCAGCUCAGCUCCGAGGCGCUGGAGGCGGCGCGGAUCUGCGCUAACAAGUACAUGGUGAAGAGCUGCGGCAAGGACGGGUUCCACAUCCGCGUGCGCCUGCACCCCUUCCACGUCAUCCGCAUCAACAAAAUGCUCUCCUGCGCCGGCGCCGACAGGCUGCAGACGGGCAUGCGCGGCGCCUUCGGCAAGCCGCAGGGCACAGCUCUGACUGGGGCUGGGCUCUGUAACUGGGUCUGGGGUCAGUCACUGAUUGGGUAUAGGACCAAGGCGCAGAACAAGGAGCACGUGGUGGAGGCGCUGCGCCGCGCCAAGUUCAAGUUCCCGGGACGCCAGAAGAUCCACAUCUCCAAGAAGUGGGGCUUCACCAAGUUCAACGCCGACGCCUUCGAGGAGAUGGUGGCGCAGAAGCGGCUGAUCCCCGACGGCUGCGGGGUCAAGUACGUCCCUGCCCGGGGGCCCCUGGAGCGCUGGAGGGCCCUGCACGCCUGAACCCCAAAAAAAACCACCCCGGAGCCCCCCAAAAUCCUCCCGGAACCCCCCAGAAUCCACAGGGAACCCCAGAAUCCAGGGGGAACCCCCCAAACCUGUGGGAAACUCCCCAAAAUCCGCGUGGAACACCAGAAUCCACGGGGAACCCAAAAAUCUUUGGGGAGUCCCCCAAAAUCCACGGGGAGCCUUGAAAUCUAUGGGGGAACCUGCCAAAGUCCACAGGGAACCCCCCAAAAUCUGAAGGGAACCCCAAAAUCCACGGGGAACCCACCAAAGUCUGCGGGGAAACCCCAAAACUUGUGGAGAACCCCCUCAAAAUCCAUGGGGAACCCCAGAAUUUGUGGGGAACCCCCCCAGAAUCCACGGGGAACCCCAAAAUCUGCGGGAAACCCCCCAGAAUCCAUAGGGAACCCCAAAAUCUGCGGGGAACCCCCCAAAAUCCAUGGAGAACCCCCCCCCAAACCUGUGGGAAACUCCCCAAAAUCUGCAGGGAACACCAAAAUCCACGGGGAACCCAAAAAUCUGUGGAGACCCCCCAAAAACCACGGGGAGCCCCAAAAUUCCUGAGGCUGGGGAGGCCCGGCUGCGGUUUUGGGGCUCUGGGUGGAAUAAAAAGGAUUUUCUUUGUC